CCGCGCGUGGCUAUACGCUUCUGCACGCAGUGUAAGUGGAUGUUGAGGGCUGCAUAUUACGCACAAGAACUCCUAUCGACCUUUUCCACCUCCCUCGGCGAGGUUGCGCUCCAGCCCUCCACGGGGGGCACCUUCGUGGCCACGAUCCAGACCAGGACGCUGUGGGACCGCAAGACGGACGGCGGGUUCCCCGAGACCAAGGAGCUCAAGCGCCGCGUCCGCGACGUCAUCGAGCCGGGACGAAACCUGGGCCACGUCGAUCGGGACCACGACAAGGAGAAGGGCAAGGUGACGGAUCAGCAGCAGCAGCAA